AUGGCACCUCGACUCCCACCACCAGCACGCCAGCUGUUCACAACCCGGCCCUCUCUGAGCCCACACCUACACUCUUCCCUCUCAACCUUACCAAUAUCACACCCCACUCCUCUCACAACAACAACACCCCCAACGAGACCAACCUCCUACCGCCCUCUCUCCACAACCCCCCGACACCCCUUCCUCCUCUCCGCCCUCUCCAGCCUCACCAACAGCAGCGGCCAAAACCCACCCCCACCCAAAACCAUCCACGUCCGCCGCGUGCUCCCCUACCGGCCCUCCCAAAUCUACACCCUCAUCACCGAUAUCGACGCCUACACCCACUUCAUUCCACACUGCCCUCACUCACGCGUCACGCAAUGGAUUGACUCCCCAGUACCGCCACCACCCUCGCAACCGCCCACCACAACCACUGCCACAACCACUCCCGCAGCCACAACGACGACAGCAACACCACCACCAACAACAACAACCCGCCUCCCAGCCCUCGCAGACCUCACAGUAGGCUGGGGCCCCUUCACGCUGAGCUAUACCUCCCGCGUGUACUGCAUCCCUGGGCGAAUCCUCGAAGCCGUCAGCGGGAACGCAACCACAGGGAUAUCCGCUGAUGUCUUGCGGUCUGUUGGGUAUCCCGUUGCUGAUGGCGGCGCGCCCGCAACAACAAAUGCAAACACCAAAAUGGAAGCGUUAUUUGAGAGUUUAGCGACACGGUGGACUGUCGAACCUAUCGUUGGUGGUGGUGGUGGUCGGCGACGGCCGCAGGAGCAAGAUGGACAAGGACAAGGACAAAGACAACAACACGGGGGCGGCGGUGGUAGUGUGCCAGACACAAACUGGACCGAGGUGACGCUGAGCGUAUCAUUUCAGUUCGCAAACCCCGCGCUGGGGUUUGCAGUAGGCCGAUUGGCAGACGAAAAGGCCGAGGAAAUGGUGCAGGCGUUUGAGGGCCGGGCGCGGCAGCUGUACGGGAGAUGA